AGUUGAUCAAACUUGUGGUGUGUAUCGUGAUUGAAAAUUAUUUAAGAGUACUUUAGUACUUAUUUAGUAUUCUACUAUCCAAUUACUAAUUUUUGUCAGAGACAAUAUGCCACCAAAAGCUAAAAAAAAUACCUUAAUAUUGUUAACCAAUAUUGGCUCUACCAGUCUUGAACAGAAUUCACUUGAAGAAGAACCAUUUAUAGAUAAAGCCAAAUAUGCUAUGAAAAUUUUAGUGGAAAAAAAGAUAUUUUUGCAACCAAAAGAUGAAAUUGGAGUCAUAACGAUGGGAGACGAAACAGAUAAUCCUAGUGAAGUAGAUUAUGUUAAAUUAUAUUGUGAUCAUUUAUUAGUACCGCAUUGGGACAUAAUAAAAUAUAUUAAUGGAUUGGAAGCUACAGACAAUCCUUGUAAUUGGAUAGAAGGACUCCAUGUAGCAGUUAGUUUCAUUGAUAAAGAAGUAUUGGAUCCCAGCUGUAUAGUUUUUUUAGUAAUAUUCCAUAAUUUUAAAGAAGAUGCCGAUUGUAUCGAAGAAUAUGAUUCUGAAGUUAUAGCUAAUCAAUUAAAAACCUACAGUAACUUACAUCUUCUGUUUGUUGGUGAAAAGUCUUUUGAUGAUUUGUCUGUAAGUCCUAAUCCUAGCGAAGAAUUCGUCCUAGCUAUUCUAAACCAAACUUCAGCUCAGUAUGAGCAGUUGAAUUCAUUUGUUGAAAGCCGAAGAUUUUAUGUUGCUCCACCUACAAACCCACUGGCUUGGAAAUUUGGUUUAGAAUGGGCUGGUUUUGUCAUACCAUGUGUAGAAUAUUUAAAGACCAUUGAAAGCACCAGCACUAGUACUCCUUGGAAAUUAUCUGGUGGUGAUUCUGAAGAUUUGUUAGAAAACUCUGCUAAUCUCGACAGCUUAAUUACUGGAAAAAUAACUAGUAAAACAACAGUAAUGAAACAAAAUGUAGCACUUGAUCAUCAUAGAAAUCAAGUUCUAAAUGAUAACAUUAUAAGCGGUUAUCAGUUUGGAGGAAAAUACAUUCCUUUUUCUGAGGAGGAUGAAAGUGCCAGUAAGUUUGAAGGCACUGAAAAAGGAAUGAUGAUUUAUGGCUUUGUGCCUCAGGAUGAAGUAAAUGUUGAAUUCUGGGCUGGAGAAGGGUCCCGAAUAGUGGUUCCUGCAUCAGAAGAAGAGUGUGUAGCGUUUUACAGUCUUGUACGAGCUAUGGUUGAAAAAAAGUAUGCAGCCAUAGUUAGAAAAGUUUAUGCUAAUAAUAAUCUCCCCAAAAUUGGUGUUUUUUUCCCGAAAAUUGACGACGAUGAUAUAUACUGUUUGAUACACAUAGAGUUACCUUUUGCUGAAGAUGUUCGGUAUUUUGACAAAGUACCGAUUACGUCAAUUGAAGACCAUGUCAGUACAGGAAAAUUAGAAGCACUAGACGAAUUUAUCGAUUCAAUGACAAUCGGUGAUAAUGAAGAAGCCGAGUUGGAUUUCUUUAAUCCAGGGAUGUUUCCAAACGUACCAAAUCAAUAUUAUUAUAAUGCGGUUGCUGAUCGCGCGCUUAAUCCGACUGGAGCUUUACUACCAGUCAACGACUACUUAAAAAGGUAUCUAGAAAUACCAGAAUUUUUAAAAAACAGAGUGAAACCGUGUAUCGAAAAAUUGGAUGAAGCUUUUGAAGAAUGUAAAAGCAUUCUUGAAGUAGGAAUAGAAAAGCCUAGCGUCACCAAAAAAAUAGAAGCUGAAGAGGAGGCUGUGCAAAAAGCAGUUGCAGAUAAGCCAAUUAUUAGUGCUGUUCCCAUGGAUACAAAUGGUACAGAUAAAAGAUUAUUUGCUGGAAAUGAUAGCAAUGCCGUUAAUUUAGUAUCGGAAACGUUUGAAGAUUUUUGACUUUUACAAAAUACAUCAACAAGAGGCUGGUUCCACUUGUUCAUGCUACAGAAGUUUUAUGUACCGAUAUGUCGAUUAAUAUAUAAGUAUAUAUUAAUUUAUAUUGAUUUUUUUCUUAAUUAUUAUCUGUUUUACAGUUUUGCGUAUGUACAGUUAAUACGCCAAUUUUUACUAUACCUUCAUACCAUUGGACUAGUUACUGUAUAUUUAUUCCUAUAUUUUUUACAACUUUGUCACCAGAAAAGAGUUAU